CUUUCCCUGCUAUGGCGUCCUCGCUGGUGAGGUUACUCGGGCAGGGGCCUCGUUGCCUCGUGGCUCCGGCCGCCCCCACGUUCCUUCCGCUGGUCCGGGGAGUGAAGGACUUCCGCAUCGCAUUCCGCUUCCAGAAGGAGUUGGAACGGCGGCGCCUCCUGCGCUGCCCGCCGCCGCCGGUGCGCCGUUCAGAGAAACCCAACUGGGAUUACCAUGCUGAAAUCCAAGCUUUUGGACACCGCUUACAGGAAACCUUUUCCAUAGAUCUCCUCAAAACUGCAUUUGUGAACAGCUGCUAUAUCGAAAGUGAAGAGGCAAAACGGCAGAAACUUGGGCUUGAGAGAGAAGCUGUUCUCCUGAAUCUUAAAGAUAACCAAGAACUAUGUGAACAGGGCCUAUCAUUUUCACAAACCUGCCUCACACAAUUUCUUGAAAACGAAUUCCCAGACUUGCCUGCUGAAGGCAUCAAGAGUCUAGUUGACUUUCUUACUGGGGAGGAAGUUGUGUGUCAUGUGGCAAGGAACCUGGCUGUGGAGCAGUUAACCCUGAGUGCAGAUUUUCCAGUCCCUCCACUCGUAUUGCAACGGACUUUCUUUGCAGUAAUUGGAGCCCUGCUCCAGAGCAGCGGACCUGAGAGGACUGCACUUUUCCUCAGGGACUUCCUAAUUACUCAGAUGACUGGAAAGGAGCUCUUCGAAAUGUGGAGGAUAAUAAAUCCCAUGGGACUGCUGGUAGAAGAGCUGAAGAAGAGAAAAAUGUCUGCUCCAGAGUCUAGACUCACUCGGCAGUCAGGAAGCACUACAGCUUUGCCGUUGUAUUUUGUUGGCUUGUUCUGUGACAAGAAGUUGCUUGCAGAAGGGCCUGGGGAGACAGUGCUGAUUGCAGAAGAAGAAGCUGCUCGUGUGGCACUUAGAAAGCUCUAUGGGUUCACAGAGAAUAGAAGGCCCUGGGACUACUCCAUGCCCAAAGAGAACUGCAGAGCAGAGCAGAGCCACACAGCCAGCUAGGCAGCUGGAUGUGGCGCCCUGGGCCACUAUGAAGAUGAAGGACCUGUAAAAAUCCUUUCCUGCCACACUGGUUGACCCUUCCUUUUUCUUUCUAAACAUGAAACAGCUUGGAGAUCCAGGAAGAAGAACUUCUGGGAGAAGGUUAGGACUUUUCCUCCCUUGCGGCCACGCGCUGAGAGGGAGGAAGAGAAGGCCCACAUUGGAUGAGCUUUUACAUAGGACUUUCAGAACCCAGAGGUGCACAGUCUCAUGCUCUAGAAAUAGCACAUUUGUGUCUUUGGCCUGAGAAGCAAGGCAGAGGCCACCUAACAGAGUUUACUGCUUUGGGGUGGGCCAGGCCACCCCCACAGUGACUGAGCAAGGACCAAGCUGGGGUCCAAGCCUUGAUCUCAUUCAUUUGCUCACCCAGCCAAAAAUCACUAUUAAAUCCAAGAGUGGAGAUGUAAGGCCAUCCAUGAACAUUGCCAGUUGGGAAAGCCUAAUGGAAGCAGCAGGAAGUGGGCCUGAAGCAACAAGUGAUUACAAAAACCAAGGAGCUUAUUGACCACACAACUUCCACACAAGAUGUGGGGAAAGCUGAUUCCUACCCCUGAUUAACGGCUUAUGUUCACCUCAAGUCUCCACAGCUCUGGCUUCUUGAAGAUAAGCAAGAGCCUGCCUGCCUGGGACAAAAUAGUUUAUUUUUGAGACUAUAAAGAACACAUCAUAUGCAAGCUAAGAUAGGGGAAUAAUGGACUUUAUAGAUUUAUGCUAGUGUAAGGAACUUCCAAACUGUUGGGUUUAGCGAGUUCAGUGAUCCUGCCCAUUGUCCAGACAUAGCCCAAC